AUGCUCAUGCAGAUUUUCACAGCGAAGCUGGUUCUGUCUGUGAACCUGGGCGUGUUCGGUCUGAUCCUGGUGCUGACUCUGUUUCUGACGCGAGGCUCCCAGCGAGUGCAAGUUCUCGGCUGGAUUUGCAUGUGUUUUUCUGUCAGCGUCUUCGUGGCUCCUCUCAGUGUCAUAUUAAUUAAUUACUAUUCUAUUAUGCUCAUUGCGAUCGUACGUGCAUGUGAUGAUUCUCAGAGGCUGGUCAUACGGACAAAGAGCGUGGAGUUCAUGCCGUUCUGGCUCUCAUUCUUCCUCACCAUCAGUGCAGUCGUUUGGUUCGGAUAUGGCCUGCUGAUCAAAGACUUCUACGUCGCGCUCCCCAAUGUGCUGGGAUUUAUCUUUGGGAUUCUGCAAAUGCUGCUCUACAUAGCGUACAAGGGCAGGAAGGAGGAGAAGUCUAACGACGGCAGUACCCUACCGGAGAUGAUGCACAAGGAUUCAGUUGUCGCAACCUGA